CCAGAGCUGAUAUCUCCUUCCCUUUCCUCUCGUUAACCGUAUCAACAAUGGAGAGGCCAUUAGUCGAAUUAUCAGAAACAGAGGUCCGCUUAGACUUUAUGCUCAAUUCCAAAUGCCGAGCCAACGUCACUCUCCGGUCACUCUCCGCCACCACCGCAAUCGCCUUCAAAGUGCAAACCUCAUCGCCGCACAAGUUCCUAGUUAAUCCACCUGCUGGGCUUAUCCCUCCUUUAUCUUUCACCACUUUCCAAAUCAUUCUCAAACCCCAAGCCCAACUUCCUCCCUCUUUCCCUCGUUCUCCGUCCGAUCGUUUUCUCAUCAAAACGGCGCCAUUUGUUCCUAACUCUCCCGAUUCCACUCACCCUGAUUCUCUCAACUCGUGGCUCUCUUCACUUCCUCGUGGGUCAACUCAGGAUUUUAAGCUUAAGGUUGCCUUUGUAGGUCCCUUUCUUCUCCACCAAGCUGUCAUCUGCGGAGAUAUCGACUCGGUCAAGAAUAUAAUAAAAAGGCAGAGGUCGAUUCUUGCUGAGUUGCCGCCGAGAGAGGCUGAGUCCCUCCUCCGAGCUGCCACCGAGUUGGCUGACCCGGAGGAUAUGGUGAAUUUGCUGCUUGAAGCUGGGUUGACGAUUGACGCACGUGCGAAAGCAGAUAACGUGGGUGGUUUUUAUGAAGUGGAUACAAAGUGGCAAUCCAAGGGUUGGAGUGAGUUACACGUGGCUAUCGCAUUUGAUCGGACGGAGGAUGCUUUGCAUCUGUUAGACAGGGUUGGCCCGUUGGAUUUCAGAGAUAAAGAGGGAAGGACACCGUUACAUUUGGCGGCAAGUAGGGGAAAUAUCCAGUGCGCUAGGACGUUGGUGGAAUCGGGCGCAGAUAAGGAUGCUAAGAGCAAAGAUGGUAGAACUGCACUGUGCAGAGCAGCGGCUAAUGGUGACCACAAGAUGGUGGAGCUGCUAAUUGAGAUGGGUGCGGACCCCACAAUUGCUGAUGAUCGUGGCCGUUCAGCCUUUGAUGUUGCUCGCGACAAGGGACAUGAAGAGAUUGUGGAGAUCCUGGAACGAGGAGAAACAGUGUUAAUGGCAGCAAGGCGCGACGACUUGGAGCACCUUCAAUCUUUAUUACAGAAAGGUGCAAGCACAAACUACUGCGAUCAAUAUGGUUUAACAGCCUUGCACGCAGCAGCUUUUAAAGGACACAAGAACAUAGUGUCAAUGCUAGUUGAAUUUGGGGUAGAUUUAGAAUGCCAGGACAAUGAAGGCCAUGUCCCUCUCCAUUUGGCCGUGGAGGGUGGCAGUUUAGAGACUGUUGAGGAGUUAGUUAACAGAGGAGCUAAUCUUAAUGCCAAGAGCAACAAUGGUGCCACCCCACUCUACAUGGCUAAAACAAUUGGCUAUAAUGACAUCUCAGAGUUUCUUGUAAGCAGGGGAGCUUCCUCUUCUCCUUCUUCCUCUUUAUCUUCCUCAUUUUAAUUUUUAUGUUAUAUAUAAUAAAGAUAGUCUAGUGAUUCUAUACAUGAGCUAAAUAAUAAAGAUGCCACUACUAAAA